GGAAUACUUAAUCGCUUGCCUUCAUUGUGCCUGUGUAUAAUACCAAUAUAAUCCAAAAUGGAAUGCUGUUCUACUCAUCAUGAAGACUCGGAAAUCAAAGAUGUUGGACUUAAAAAUGUAUCUCUCCCGUACGAUCGAAGGACGGUACAGCCAAGCAACGGAGGAAAAGUGGGGAAUGAAAAAAUUGAAAUUCCAGAUCUAUCAAUAAGUUCGCCAAGCAACGGUGGAAAAAUGGAGACGGAAGAAAUUGAAAUUCCAUAUGUAUCACAAAGUUCGGCAAGCAACAGAGGAAAAGUAGAGAAUGAAGAAGUUGAAAUUCCAGAUGUAUCAAUAAGUUCGGCAAGCAACAGAGGAAAAGUAGAGAAUGAAGUUGAAAUUCCAGAUGUAUCAAUAAGUUCGGCAAACACCAGAGGAAAAGUUGAGAAUGAAGAAGUUGAAAUUCCAGAUGUAUCAACAAGUUCGCAUCAUCCUAAGGACCAGUGCAAGUUGAAAUGGGCUUCCAGCCAACAACUUCAACAGCAAUUUGCCAUGAAAAUCAGCAAGAAAGGUACUUCAUUUACAUUGAUGAUGUCAUAUCCCCUGGACCCCACAACUUUACAGGUUACAGAGAAAAUUCAAGAACUUCUGCAAAAUGUGGGACUUGGAUAGAAUCAAUAAUGUAUUUGUGAGCCCAGAGCAAUGGAUAUAUUGUGCAACAUACUAAAGUGUGAAUUUAAUGGAAAACAAGUAGAUGUACUCAUGUAUUACAUGUCUUUUUUAAAGACAAUAAUAUUGUAUAAAUAUAGAGGAAGUGUCAUUGUUGAUUAUUCUAAGUUUUUGAUAUAUCAAAAUCAGUAAACAUUUCUAAAUGAAAGUAAAAUACCAAUUUUAUAACUUUAAUCAAUGUGUUUGAAUUUCUCAUUUUCUAACCCUACCCCACCCCCGUUACACACACUCGGUACAUAUAUACUGUGAAUGCAAUAUGCAUGCAUUCUAAGUUAUCCAAGCGAGUUUUUGUUUCAGUGUGAGACUACAAGUAGGACUCGUAAACUUAUGAAAAGACAUAUAUAUUUGUGAGAGCAAAAUAGCUGAUAUGAGCCUUGAUAUCAAUGGGUCGAGUCGCGGUGGUGGCGUUCGCCCCGCAUGCGGAAGACCAGGGUUCGAAUCCCGGCCGCGACAGACCUGAGUUGUUGAAACAGGUAGUGACAGUUCCAUUGCCAAAACGCUCAGCAUCAGGUGUGAAUGUCACUGGUCCUCGGAGAUGACCUUCAAAACGGAUGUCCAGUGUCACAGUAGAUGUGGCACGAUAAAGAACCCUCACUGCUCAAUGGCCGUAAGUGCCGAGCAAAGGCCUAAAUUUAAAGCCGUUCACCGGUCUUGGUAACGUCUCCAUAUGAGUAAAAAAUUCUCGAGAGACGUUAAACAAGAUACAAUCAAUCAAUCCAUGGGUCGAUUGGGUGGAAAUCUUCCCAUUGAUAUUAAAUAUAAAGUUGUUAUUUAAACAUAUUUGG